GCGGUUGCCGUGCCGUUCGACGGUUGGAAUGUUGGGGGUAUCCCAACAAACGAUUCCACCUUGGUGCAGCAAACGAACUGCAAUACAUCGUGCCAUUGAUUAGCCGUUGUAGAGAGAAGAUGGCGACAGCUGAAUUGGAGAGCGUGGCAGAGUUCAAACGGAGGGCGUCAGCCUUGGGGGUCACCGACGACCACCUCAAGGCGUUGGUCGAUGCCGGAUUCGAUACCUUCGGCCAAUAUGCUUUUGCGGUUCCAUAUGUCCCAGGAGCUGCGGACGAGAAGCCGGUCGACCUCCUCAAGAAGACGUUCGGCGCUGACCCGAAGGACUCUGAGCUGGCAUGCUUGAGGCGCCUAUUUUGGGAGAGCUAUGCUCUCGCGUUGGCUGACUUGAAGCAGAGACAGGAACAUGGGUCGGACAAUGUUACGAAGAAGCUGCCGACCUCAGAGCGGGUAGCCAGAGCGCAAGAGCAGAAAAAGAGGCUCAGCGGGGUCAUUUGGGGACCGGACACAGAGCCCUCGGACCAGCUGGUGGACCGCUUUGUCCAGAUGGCUGAGGACAAUGUGGCGGUGUACGUGAAGCCUGAGCUGUGCGCAUCUCGCUCUCAGGAAGUGCUUCAGGUCAAACAGGCCAAGAACUUUUCGAUUGGCCCUGAUGGCAACCUGAAGGUUGGACAAGCAGCUCCGGACUUGACUUGCAGCACUUCGGGUGAACUCAGACUUCGGGCAGCGCUGCAUCGUAAAGCCCUAGCAAUGGACCUGUCUGGAGUACUGAGUUACAAAGUGUCCGAACUUUGGCACACUAGUCUCUUUACAUGCUUGCAAAGGGAGGCACCUCCGGGCUACAAGGCAGUCACGAUCAAUCAGAUUAUGGAGGCGGACAAACGUCUGUGGGUGCUCCUCUCAGAAUGCACCAGGGGCUCCGUAGCAUCCAAGCUUGGUAGCCCGCCACCUUGCGACUCGGAGUUCACGAAGCUCAGCGAUUCUCAGGAGAUCCUUUCGUUUCUUGCCCCUCUACCUCUUCCCCCUCCGGUGCCAGACUUCACGCGGCCUCGCUUUGAGCCAUAUCCGGAUCCGAAGGGCAAGGGAAAGGGCAAGAAGGGAAAGGAGCCCGGCAAGGUUGCAGCUCCAGCUUCCUUCGACAUCCCGGAGGGGGCAAAGACAAAAACAGAGGCCUUCAAUACGUAUGUGAGGUCCAUCUCACCCGAGCACAGGUGGACUUCCAUUGCUUUGUUUGAGAAUGUUCAGACAGAGCUGCAUCGAGAUGCAUUGAAUUCGUCAUGGCCAAAUCUCGUCAUUCCCAUCAGUGACUUCAAAGAUGGAUCCGUGUGGGUUGAAUGGCCCGCUCACACUCCGACAGACCCCACCUUGGCAUACGAGGUCCGAGAGCUUGAUGGCACCAUGGUUCUUGGAGCUCUUCUUCCUGUAGCAGAUGGUCCAAUCAAAUUCGGGGCGAAGCAGUUGCGGCAUGAAACUCAGGAGUUUUCUGGUCGCCGUCUUGUCCUGGUUGCGUACAGCCUGCAAGCUCUGGGGAAUGCCUCGAACGAGGAUAUCAAGAAUCUGGAAGAAUUGGGUUUUCAAGUUCCUCAGUCGGACGAACACCCGGCUUCCCCUGUGCCUGCGGCCCUGAAGAGCACAAUAAGCGGUUCUGACAAGCCGGUGAUCAUUGAGGUCUUCGCUGGAUCGGCAGGAAUAACUCGUGCUGCUCGAGAUGCUGGCUUCAAUGCCAUUGCAGUUGACUGGAGCAAAAACAAACAUGAAUCCAAGGCGACCGCCUUGAAUAUUGAUCUCAGUUCCGAAGUUGGUGAGCAGAUGCUCUUCUCCCUGUUGGAGGAGAAAAAGCCUAAAGCAAUCCAUGUUUCCCCUCCGUGUGGGACUGCGUCCUUGGCGCGGGAGAUGGAAGUUGGUAUCUAUGCCACACCGGAGGAGUAUCUGGAGAUGGCGCGCAAAUUAGCACAUCCGCUUGACGGUGACCUAGCGGUCUCAGACUGGACCAAACAGGCGAUAUUCGAUCUCCUCACGAUGCACCCGUCAUUCAUUGCCAGAAAGCGGGCAGACUUUCUGAAAUAUGUCUUGGAGAUGCGCUUGAAGCUGGAGACGGAAGAAGCCGCCCUCCACAAAGCAAUGGCACCCCACGUCCAAAGGGUUAUGAAGGGAAAGAAGCUGCUACUCCUUAAACACCUCUUGACGGAGUUUGGAUAUGACGAUCUGGGGGUAAUGAACGAGCUGAUGCACGGUGCGGCGAUGACGGGGGUUCAAGAGGUCCCCCCGGAACGGAAAAUCUUGGCUGCUCCCUCUAAUCGGCAAACCCUGGAGUCAGAGGCCAACUGGCGCACUAGGACGAUAGUGCAGCGCUCUACUCCAGAAGAGGAUCGCGAAGCACUUGCUGCCAUGGGGAACAAGGAGGUCGAGGCUGGCUUCCUUUCUGGCCCUUUCCAUUCUGCCAAAGCAGUUACGGAGGAGCUGGGAAGAUCGGACUGGCUUGCCAACCCGAGGUUCAUACUGUAUCAGGGUGCAAAGGGAAAACCUCGAGUCAUUGAUGAUGCGAAAUCGUCUGGCCUCAACGAUGCCUAUACGUCAGGGGAGCAGCUACGUCUCCAGGCCUACAAGCAAAUGGCCGUGGCCAGCGCUGACAGGCAUCUUAUGGUCUUGACUCAUGAGGGCCCAUCCGGUCGGGCUUCAUCUUCGACCUCUGCAUUCAAGGGGCCUCACGCUUUGCUUACUGCGCUUGGCUGGCUGUUCGCUGACGACCCUGAGAAAUGCCAACCCUUCAGCUCGUGUUUCAAUGUGCUGGGCUGUUGCCUCGACCUGAAGGACCUUGUAGCCGGCUCACUCGUCAUGUCCAACCGCGAGGGACGUGUGGACAGAAUUCGGUCAAUGGUUCAGAAGCUGUGCUCAGACAACACUCAGCGCAAUUUGAUACCGGUCGUUCAGGGAUAUUUGAACUUCGCUUCCGGCUUCAUCAUGGGGCGUGCUCUUCAGCCACUGGCCCGAUCCUUGAGCUGGAAGAUGAGUCCAAGUGAACAUCAGGAUUUGUGCCGUGCAAUUUUGACAACCUUGGGGAAGUGCAAGCCUCGAACCGUGUCUUGGCACUCGCCGGCACAACCUGUUUUGAUCUUCACGGAUGCCUCCUAUGAAAGCGGCAAAUCUGGAAUCGGUGCUGUCCUUGUUGACACGCUGGGUGGAAGGCCGGAAGUCUACGACGGGGAGAUCCCCGCUGACAUCGUUGGUCACUGGCAGUCCACAGGGCAGGAUCAGAUAAUAAGCCAGGCAGAGUUGGCGGUCGUACUGAUAGUCAGACACAUGUUUCAAACACGUCUGGCCGGCCGCAGAGUCAUUUAUUUCAUCGACAAUGAGGCCGCCCGUCAUGCCAUCCUUAAAGGAACGAGUGGCAAAGAUUCUAUGCAACGUUUGACGGCCGCUUUUCAUGCUGCUGACUUGCAUCUUCCUUCGAUAGCCUGGGUGGAGAGAGUUCCCAGUGAUUCGAACCCAGCUGACGCACCGUCUCGGGGUAAAGCAUCCGAAUGCGCUAAGACCUUGGGAGGCAUUUAUGCCGGAAAGAUGUGCAUGCCAGAGGAAGUGCAUCAGGCCUACAAGCAGAUGGCCGUUUCCAGCGAAGACCGGCGCCUCAUGGUGUUGACUCACUUGGGCCCCUCGGGUCGGGUCUUUUACAUGUCGGAUGCCCUUCCCUUCGGAGCUCGUGGCAGUGUGUAUUCCUUCUUGCGUACUUCCCGGGCCCUGUCCUUCCUCAUGAAUGUUUGCCUAACCGUGCCGGGAUCCGUCUUUUUCGACGACUUCCCUUCCUUGACAGAGGCUUCGUCUGCGAGCUCAGCUUUCGAGGGGCCCCAUGCUUUGCUGACUGCCCUUGGAUGGCUUUAUGCUGAUGAUCCUCAGAAAUGCCAACCCUUCGGCUCUUGCUUCAAUGUGCUGGGCUGCAGCCUCGAUUUGAAGGACCUCGUCUCAGGCUCGCUCAUCAUGUCCAACCGUGAGGGCCGUGUAGAUGGCAUCCGUUCAAUGGUGCAAAAGCUGAGAUCCGAUGGAAGUCAACGAAACUUGAUACCCAUCAUACAAGGACACCUGAACUUUGCUUCCAGCUUCGUCGUGGGCCGCAUGCUGCAACCACUGGCCAGGUCCUUGAGUUGGAAGAUGAGCCCUGACGAUCAUGCAGACCUGUGCAGCGCUAUCCUUGACACCCUAGGGAAGUGCAAGCCACGUACCGUCUCCUGGCACUCGCCGGCGAAGCCUAUUUUGCUCUUUACGGAUGCUUCCUAUGAAGGUGGCAAGUCGGGAAUCCGUGCAGUCCUGGUCGACACGCUCGGGGGGAAGCCGGAGAUCUUCGAUGGAGAGAUUCCCGAGGAUGUCAUCCGACACUGGCAGUCAACGGGGCAGGAGCAAGUAAUAAGCCAAGCGGAGUUGGCCGUCGUCGUGAUGAUGCGGCACAUGUUGCGAACGCGGUUGGCCGGACGGAGAGUGAUAUACUUCAUUGACAAUGAGGCUGCCCGGCAUUCCACCCUUAAGGGAACUAGUGGGAAGGAUUCUAUGCAACGCUUGACGGCCGCUUUCCAUGCGGUUGAUUUGCAUCACCCCUCCAUCUCCUGGGUGGAGAGGGUGCCCAGUGAAUCGAAUCCUGCUGACGCUCCAUCCCGGGGUAAAGCUUCCGAAUGCGCUAAGACCUUGGGAGGCACUUAUGCCGGAAAGAUAUGCGUGCCAGAGGAAGUGCAGCAGGCGAUUAAAUCGUCCUUGGUGCAAACGGCUUCCCUCACGCGGCUUGCUUUGCCUUGCGAAUCCCUGGUCUUGUUGCCUGGCCUGUCUGCCUGA